GAGCUGAGAAAAUACUCACUUGGAACAGGUUAGAGGCUUAGCUUCACUUCCUUAUCCUUCUCCAAGCCCAAAACCUUCCAAAGCCAACCAUUUCUUCUUCUUCUUCUUCUUCUUCUUCUUCUUCUUUUCUGCUUUGUACUUCGCAGCUACAGACUUUCACUUCCCAACUCCAUUGAUCAAUUGGACGAUCAAUGGCGUUAAUCAGCCAGCAGCAGUUGCUGCAGAGAUUCCUUCUAACCAGAAUCAACAACUGCAGCCCCAACUUCAUCAGAACGACUCCUAAGAAAACCCUCUCUCUCCGAAGCGCUGGCUGCCGGUGCACGUCGGCGAUAGCCGUCGACGCGCCUUCCUCGCUGACCGGCGCCGCCGGCGUCAGAUGGGGUUCGAGCAGCCUGCAGGGCUCUCGAGAGGAGAUGGAAGACGGCGUCGUUGUUCGGUCCGACGGCCUCAAUGGUUUCUCCUUCGCUGCGGUUUUUGACGGCCACGCCGGGUUCUCCUCCGUCAAGUUUCUGAGGGACGAACUGUACAAGGAGUGUGUUGCAGCCGUACAAGGUGGGUUGCUAUUGAGUGGAAGAGAUUUCGAUGCAGUUAGAGUGGCAUUACAAGAAGCUUUUGAAAAUGUUGAUAAAAAAUUAUCGAACUGGCUUGAGAGGACUGGAGAGGAAGUUGAAUCUGGUUCAACUGCGACAACUUUGUUCCUUGGUGAUGAUGUGCUCUUCAUCUCACAUGUUGGUGACUCGUGCGUGGUUCUCUCCCGUUCAGGAAAACCAGAAGUACUAACGAAUCCUCAUCGGCCUUACGGAAACCAUAAAGUUUCUCUUCAAGAAAUCAAGCGGAUCAGAGAAGCAGGUGGAUGGAUUGUCAAUGGAAGGAUUUGUGGAGACAUCUCUGUGUCCCGUGCUUUUGGUGACUUGAGGUUCAAGACAAAAAAGAAUGAAAUGCUGGAGAAAGGAAUGGAGGAUGGAAGAUGGUCCCAAAAAUUUAUAUCUCGCGUGCAAUUCCAUGGAGACUUGGUCAUUGCGUCUCCAGAUAUUUUUCAAGUAACACUCGGAUCGGAUGCAGAGUUUAUAUUGUUAGCAUCUGAUGGCUUGUGGGAUUAUAUGAGCAGCUCAGAUGCAGUAUGUUUUGUUAGGAAUCAGCUCCGACAACAUGGAGACGUUCAAGCAGCUUGUGAGGCACUUGCCCAAGAAGCUUUGAAUAAUCACUCACAAGAUAACAUCAGCAUUGUCAUAGCUGAUUUAGGGAGGGUAGAUUGGCAAAGUUUGCCAAUGCAACAGCAAAAUUUUGUUUAUGAAUUAGGCCAAGCUUUUGCCACGAUCGGUUUCGUGACACUUGUAAUUUGGGCGUCAUCUCAGCUCACUUUAUGAAGUUGAAGCCUUCUUGCCUCGUAUAUAAUUCAACAUAAAUUUCCACACUUCUUAUAGUUGCAUUGUUGUGUGUACAUGUCUCACAAUUUAAUGCUUUUGAUUAAUGCCUCUAUGAUAAAUUGAAAAGGAUUUGCGCU